AUGAUAAUUUCCGACAUCAUUUUCUUUGCGCUUGGUCGAGAUGCCAAAGCCAUAGAAGCUGCUCGGGAGAUUUGUAAGGUGUAUGGAGAAGACUCAAUGGCAGUAAUAACGGCGUUAUUUGGUUUAAUUGAGUUCGACGAGGAGCGAUUGAGUCAACUUUUGUGCGAAAAUCUUCGUCACACGAAAAGAGAUUUGGCUGAGCAGAUGGCAUGUGAUCAAGUGACGGUAAAUCGAAUCCAUGAAGAAAGUCAUGAGCGAAGACGUAGUGCUCUGGAUAAUUAUACUUAUCAACGCCUCAUUGAUCACUUCGACUUUUUGUUCCGCUCAAGUUUCAAAAAUGUCGAUGACUUCCCCAUAUCAUGGGCGGACAUUGAGGAGACAUGGACAGCGAACAUUCGACAAGUAUUCGUUCCGGAGCGAGCAAAUCAAUACAAACACAAAAGUGCACUCACGCUCGACCACAAGCCGUUCCCUGAUCAUCACGCGAUGCUUCACGAUCCCUUCUUGCUUCAGAAUCAUCAACAAGGCUUCGACGACGGACACUUUUCUACACACCUGGAACAUUUAUGUAGCCUGAAAUUGUCUGAUGUUACAUCCAAACACAGGAAGACCAGCAUUAUUUGCACGAUAGGACCAGCAUGCAACACACUCGAGAAAUUGCGAGAAAUGAUUUCCAAUGGAAUGAAUAUUGCUAGACUCAACUUCAGUCAUGGAUCUCACGAGGAACAUGCAAAAACUAUUUCAUUGAUCCGUGAAGCAGCUAAGGACAACAUCGACCCUGUGGCAAUAGCGCUUGACACAAAAGGACCCGAAAUCCGGACUGGUCUACUUGCCGGGGGAAAAGAAGUUGCACUUCAACAAGGAAAAAGUAUUCGAUUAUCCACAGAUAGGAAACUUGAAAACAGUGGAACUUGUACGUGUCUCUAUGUUGAUUAUCAGAAUUUGCCUCGUGUCGUGAAAAAGGGUUCUCGAAUUUUCAUUGAUGACGGGCUGAUCUCUCUAAUUGUCGAAGAAACUACCGAAGAUUCCGUGAUAUGUGAAGUGGAAAAUGGUGGUGUACUCGGGAACCGAAAAGGUGUCAACCUUCCCGGCACCGUUGUGGAUUUACCGGCUGUUACCGAGAAGGAUAAGUCCGACCUUGAAUUCGGUGUUGAACAAAAUGUGGACAUGAUCUUUGCUUCGUUUAUGCGAAGUGCUCGUGGAAUCCAUGAAAUUCGGCGAGUUCUCGGUGAAAGGGGCGAAAAAAUCAAAAUUAUCGCCAAAAUUGAAUCCGAAGAAGGAGUUGAGAACGCGGACGAGAUUGUCGAGGCCGCCGACGGCGUUAUGGUUGCACGCGGUGACCUUGGAAUAGAAAUUCCUCCCGAGAAGGUGUUCCUCGCUCAAAAGAUGCUUGUAGCAAAAUGCAACCUGGCAGGAAAAGCGGUGAUUUGUGCUACCCAGAUGCUAGAGAGCAUGAUCAAGAAGCCUCGUCCAACUAGGGCCGAAUGCAGUGACGUUGCAAAUGCUGUCCUUGACGGAGUAGAUUGUGUGAUGUUAUCUGGUGAAACUGCCAAAGGAGAUUAUCCUGUAGAAGCUUUACUCAUGAUGCAUUCGAUCUGCAAAGAAGCUGAAAUUGCCUUCUACUACACCAAAUACUAUGAAGAGAUCAUGUUCAACACCAAGAGACCAACCGACCGAACACACACAACGGCUAUAGCUGCUGUCUCGGCAGCGGUCUCGUGUAUGGCCAGCGCUAUCGUUCUAAUCACAACCACAGGAAGUACGGCCGCUCUUUGUUCUCGCUAUCGCCCUCCGGUCCCAGUGAUUUCCAUCUCAAGAGAUGACAGAGUGGCUCGGCAGCUUCAUCUUUAUCGAAGCGUUUUCCCUUUACAUUGGGCAAAACCACGUCUUGAAGACUGGAAAGAGGACGUCGAACUUCGUAUAGAGUACGGUAUUAAUGCUGGCAAAAAGAGAGGAAUAAUUAAGGCAGGCGAUAUGAUAAUUGUUGUAACUGGAUGGCAUAUAGGUGCUGGAUUCACUAAUACUAUACGAGUAGUGGUGGCCUCAUAA